CAGCCCCCAUGUUUAGCUGCGCCAAGUUUGUCAACAAAGCUGUUGCAUGUCGACCAUGAACAACACGGCACACAUGAUGGAGGCUGCGAGGCCCGCAAAGUCGAGGAGACGCACCCAGUCGAGGGGGUCGACGGCCUCGAUUCACAGCGUGACGACCACGCCCAACCUCGACCACUCGUUCGCCGACACAUCAGCCGUCUAUUCCACGCAAUGGCUGUCCCAGGACCGCUCCCAGCCCCGGGAGCUGGCGCCCGCUCCAUCGCACAUGGCCCAUAUGGCCGACCACCUCGGCACCGAACACAUGAUAUUGCAAGCCGCCUCGCACCUGCAGCACAGCCGCGACUUCUCAAUGGACACGUCCAUGGGCUCGGUCGGCCACGCCGUCUCUUUCCACCAACACGCGCCGAUGGGCCACGCGCCGCUCCCGACCGACGCCAUGAGCGUGAACAACAGCUUCGUGGAUGGCGACAGCCAGAUGAUGGAGCGCGAGGGUGAAGGCGACGGCGACUCGGUUGCGGGCGUGCCGGGCACCGGCAAGGCUGCCCGCUCCAGCGCUAACAACGAGCUCGAGAUGCGUCAGCUUUUCUCACAAAACAAGCACAGGACGCUUGUCGACGUGGCCGAGGAGCUGCACGGGAAUGAACGCGGCCCUCACUCGGAGAGGACGCGCCAGGUGUUUGCGAUGCUUUGGAUCAACCAAGUAUGCACAAAGGGAAAGGGUUCGGUGCCUCGAGGUCGGGUUUACGCCAACUAUGCCUCCCGCUGCGCCACAGAACGCAUCACCGUGCUCAAUCCAGCUAGUUUCGGAAAGCUUGUUCGCGUCCUGUUCCCCGGCCUGAAGACGAGGAGGCUCGGCGUGCGCGGCGAAUCAAAGUAUCAUUAUGUCAACUUUGCCUUGACGGAAGAGCAGCCGGAACUCAAAGACGCCCCGAGCAUCCCGCAGGUGCCCCUGGCAGAGAGCGCUAGCCUGACGCAAAACUUCAAUACCAUCCCUGGUCGAGCCUCGUCGGUCCGCGCCGAGCGGGCGCUGUUGCCCUCGCCAGACCACCACAACCUCUAUCAGCAGCAGCAGCCGGACUCGCAAGCGCCAAGGCGACGCGAGUAUAGGCACAGUGUAUACAAUAUGCCAAAAGUGUCAACACUUGAUGAGCUCAACGCGUCAACACAGAAGACGGAGAUGCAGCUAUCGCUCUCUCCCGACACAGGAGCCUCCUUCAAACAGUCAGACCCCGUUGUCCUUCCCCGAAUCGAACCCUUCCUCCCGAGCGGCACGGAUCCCGAUGCGGCAAAGUCUCUGGCAGCUUUGUACCGGUCACACUGCACAUCACUAGUUGAGUGCGUGCGCUACUGCAAGGAGAAGACAUUCUUCCACCUGUACACCUCUUUUCAAGGCACCCUCACCAUGCCUGUCCAGAAGCUCUUUUCGAAUCCUGCUAUCGCGCCAUGGAUUGAAGAGUGCGACUUCGUGCUUUACCAGCGUAUGAUGCGGAUUCUGUCGGGGCUGACGCUUCAGGUCGUCCCCAAACCCGUCCUGGACACCAUCAGGAGCAUAUCAGAGCGCCUGGUCGGUCACAUCCGCGAGUCCUUCCAGGGCCAGCCAGCCCACGUGGUGCGCGCCAAGGAGGCACCGGCCGCACUAUUUGCAGCGCUCUUGGAUAGGGAGCUGAGGGUCAACCUGACGGCACAUGCGGCUGCAAAUAUGCUGUCGAACCCGGCAAACCGCGACCAGAUGUACCUCGACUGGAUCACCAUGGUGCAGACGCGCAAGGUGGCCGAGAGCAUACCAUCGCGAGCCAUGGACGAGGUGGUCAACAUAAUGCUUACUGAGAUCAGGGAUCUGCUGGACCCGGCCAACGUUCCGUGGGAGAUGGAAGCACUGACCCUGCACGGGGAGGUGACGGCGCGCAGCGGGAGACAGUCGCAACCCAUAUCGCUGGAGGAGGCGGGUGCAUCGAGCGUCCUUGAGCGCUGGGCCAGUUUUCUGCGGUCACUCCCCGAUCGGUUCCCCUACGCGGCGCACACGGACAUCGUUUGGUGCGUGGAUAGGCUCGGAUCGGCUGUCAUGAGGGACCUGACCAUUUCCCAAGGUAAGAGCUUCGGGUCAUGGUGGGUCACCAAAUGUUGGAUCGACGAGAUGGUGUCUUUUUUGGCCGAGCAGGGAGGCUUCCUUGCAAUGAAGUCAACGCAGAGCACCGCGCCUGUUGUGGACAGUGUCAAGACGCAAGAGCUCAAGCCUGAACUGAGUUUGCAAGGCUCGCACUUCACGGUCGGCGGCGACGAGUUCAACAACUUGGGCUCUCACGUGGCUCACGCUCAUUCUCAACCCAACCGAGCGCCCUUCCCGACGAGCAACAGCGUGUCCAACACAGGCCACGAUGACGGGGCACCUUCUCCGAGCCACGACGACAGCGGCAUUGGAAUCCGCACACCGGACGAGGACUUCCCGCCCAUGGACAAGUUCGAGUUCCCCACGCCAGACACGAGCCAGAUGCUCAGUGCUGCGGCCGACCUCCCUUCCGUCAUCUCGUCGUUAUGAGGCGUACCUCUUUGAUACCCUGGGCCUCGACGCACCCUCAACGCAAUUGCUCCUUCUCUUCUACCUUGGCCGGCUCGGCCGGCCACUUUCACCCUUAAUCCUUGUAACCUCGUGGAGGUUUGCGAUAUCCCUUCGCGACGUCACGAUGAGACGACGAAUGAGACGAAGUUUUUUUUUUUUUCAUGAUGGUUCACAUCUUGUGCGAGUUAAAAGCAGCAAAAACACCACUGCUGGCAGCCAAAACAUGCGAUGGAUAUCUUGCGAUGUCUUUUGGUCGUUGGCUGAUUCACACGGUUUGGCGUAUCGCGCGUUUUUCACAGCGUCUAUUCUCUGUCCGGGUCCCAAGGCUGUUCUCUCUGUUGCCUUGAUAUCUUAUUGUUUGCUUAUGGCAUCUUAUCGCUGUUAUUACUCUGUUUGGUCACUGGGGAGUCGGUACGGGUCCCAUGGUCUUUUCUACCGCGUUGGCCAUGGCUGGCAGUGUCGGUGGCGGGCUUGUUUUCGGGUUCGGUCUGGAGGUUGGUUCACGGGGUGUCCUGGUCGCCGUUGUGCCCUGGCUCCAUGGUCUGGGUGCUUUUUGGUUAUCGUUAUUGUUGUUUUGACGAUACACGUUAUUACUCCCGAGAGUCUGUCUAAUCACUGCUGCAAAAGCAACAACCUACUGUCGAUUUGCUCGCUCCACGUCUUUUUCUGUGC